AUGAGCACCGCAUUCAACGAUUACUGCACUGUUUGUGAUCGUCUUAUUCCUUCAUCUCCACAGAAAACAAACAAUAGCAAUAAGAAAAUCCAAAGGGACAAUGAAACCAAGAACAAUUCGCAGUCGGAUAAACUGUAUUGCUCCGAAGAUUGUAAGCUCAAGGACUCAAACCCUUUAAAUGAGAAGCUAUUGUCUCACCUACACAAGAAGAUAAAGACUUCUCAUUCGCAAGAUCUCACCCCUCCGUUUUCAUAUUCCAAAAAUAUAACUGCAUCAAACCUUUUCGAGCCGGCCACUUCAUUAUCUUCUUCUCCAUCGUCAUCAACUAUUCCCUUUGACGAAUUGGAUAAGUUAGAUUCUUUGCUCAUUUCCCCAUUGCUGCUGCCCCAAGAUGGUGUCGCAAACGCUAAAAAGGAAUUCCAUUCCACUCACGUCAACGGCUACGACGAUACUAAUGAACACUAUUUGAACCUAACCGACUGUCUCAAACUCGACUCCGGCUACCAAUUGCAUUCAAAGGCACACUUGGGCUACGAAAAUGAUUUACCAAGGUCAAACGAUACCAAUGACAAUAGUUUGAUCUCGGAUCAAAUCAUUGAAAACAACUACAACCUAUGGUUUAGACUAUCUUCUAGUUAG